AUGAUUAACCCUAUCUCAGAAUCUACUCGCGUUGAUGAUAACUCAACUGUGAAAAACCAAGUAGAAAAUGUAGUCACUGUGCUUGUAAGUGAACAACAUUCUUGCGAAGCAGACACACCACUACCCCCUCCACCCCCGCCCCUACCGCCCUCGACACCCCCAAGAUGUGUAUCCCGAAAAAACUUCCAUAUCAAGGCUGCAGAUGAAAGAUUGAGUGAAACUGAAACUAUAAACCCUCCACCCCCCACUCCUCCACCUCCCUCACCAUCUACAAUUGUGAAACCACAGACUUACUGGGAUGCUGAUUUAAUGGGAAUAAUUAAUAGAAAAUGGGAAGGUAGAGUAAUUACGAACAAUUAUGACAGUGUGACUCCGUCAAGAGGUGUUGCCAUUUUAAUCCGAAAAGAUAUUUUGAAUUCAGUGACUGUUAGCUCAACGUCUUUAGAUAAUGAAGGUAGAAUCGUAAGAAUUGAUCUAGAGAUAGAUAAUAGAAACUUGUCAAUUCUUUCAAUUUAUGCCCCGAACCACUCCAGAGAUAGAAUUGCCUUUUUACAAACCCUUGGCACAUUCAUCGACUCGGGUAGGGAGUGCAUUGUGUGUGGAGACUAUAAUGAUGUUUUUAAUCAUUAUCUAGAUAGAGGCAAAGGUAAAGUCACUGUUAUCCAAUCUCUUUUAGUCACACAAUUAUAUCAUAUUCUUACUGUUUUAUGUAUACCUAAUGGGAUAGCUGAUAGGAUUCAAACCCUAUUUACUAAUUUUAUUUGGGACAAUAAGCAAGCUCAAAUAAAAUAUUCUAGUGUAAUAAAUAGUAAAUCAAAUGGUGGUUUAGGCUUACCAGAUAUUAAGUUGAAAUCUAAUGCAUUUGGACUGAAAGUACUCAAGAAUGUUUGCAGCAUAGAUUUUUUCUCAAUCUGGAAGUCAGUCCUGAAUUAUUACACGUUAAAGUAUGCUAAAAGUCAAGCUACAGACCUACUUAAAGUUACUACUAGUAGGCAUAUGAUAAAAGAGUUCCCUCCCUUCUAUCAACUUUUAUUCAAUGCUUGGAAUUUAUUAACUAACGAUUGCCGACCUCCCCCAAAUAAUCUAUAUGAUGUUUCACUACAGCCUUUGUUUGAUAAUCCUUUAAUAAAACACGAAAAUAAACCAAUUAAAUGUAAACUAUUUAGUAGUUAUGGUAUCAAGACAAUAUUUGAUAUAAUUUACUAUGUAAUUCCAGGAUUUUUACUAUUAGGUGUUAUUGUAGAUGAUUUUAAUGAAUCGGAAUGUACAUUAGAUUAUAUUGCCAAGAUGUUAGACAUUAUUCAAUCUGCAAUUCCUCACGAUUGGUUACAAAUUAUUAAUACAGAAGAAUAUACUUCAAAAUGUGCCCCAGAGCCGAUCUGCAUAAUCAAUGGUGAGGAACUCAAAUUUGAUAAGUUCACAUCUAAGACCGUGUAUAAUAUAUUAAUUAAGA